AUGCAUAAAAUUAAACGUUGCAGGCGGUGGCCGUGUUACUGUGCCUUCGAAUUUCAAGCGUUAAUAGCGAGCGACUCGCGACCUGAUACAUGUCAAGAAGUGAAAGCCCAAGAAUAUGUUUUAAUUGUAUAUCUUUUAUGUUACAGUGAUAUCAAUAAGCACUUGCCUGGUCCCCAUUUUGAUCCACCCUCCAAAGAUCAAGUCAGAGUCUUGAUUCAGGAGUGUGACCUCAAUCUUGAUGGGGAAAUUGACUACGAUGAAUUUGUGACGUUUAUUCGGCGGCUUACAACAGAUACAUUCGCUGUUGUCAGUCAGGGACUGAUACUGACUUUGGUUGUAGCACCCACAGUUGCAAUGGCAACAAAGAAGGCUACGGAGGGUGUCCCAGGGGUUGGAAAGGUGGUGCAAAAACUACCCAAUUCUAUAUACGCAUCCCUCGUCACUCUCGCAAUUGUCUGGUUCCAAAAUUCUCGCCAGGACCUUGAUUAGAGCUUUCAAUUCUGUGCAUCCAAAUAUCCUCCACCUGCCUGCUAGUUGUUUGCAUCAUGUUCAUGCAAUGAAGUGUUGCGAUUGUUUAUAUCUUAAUAAUCAAGACGAUAACAUUGCUACAUACGGUCAGGGUCUGGAUUUCAUUAAAUAGCUUAGAAUGCAUUUCCAUAGAAAUGCAGUCUACAAAUUUCUUUAGCGUUUUUACUUCAUUCUUCUUUUUUUACCCCUGACAAUUCAAUGAAACAUUGGAAAUGAAAGGUUUCUAGCAUAGAGCAAAAGGAGGCUUUCUUUUAAGCACACAAGGGUUUUCAUUUAUAACAAAGAUUAUAUUUGAUA